AUGGGUACUACUUUCGCCCUCCAUGCGUUUUUGGGGAUUCUGCUUUGUGCAACAUACCAGUGCUUGGAGUGUCCGUUCGGCUGCGAGUGUUUUGCUGUCACUCGCACGGUGAAAUGCGUUUCCAAGGAUCUGCUCUCGGUGCCACAAAGUAUUCCAGGAUACACCAGGACUGUCUUUAUCACAGGGAAUAACAUUCAGCAGAUUGCACCUGACUCCUUCACAGAGAUGGAGAAUGUCACCAACGUUAUUUUAAGCAAAAAUAGGAUUAAAGAGCUGGAGUCCCACAGCUUCUCUGCCCUGGUCAACCUUCGUUUCCUGGACCUCAGUGGGAACCAGCUGGCUCUCAUCCACCCCGAGGCCCUCAGCAUACCCGGCAGUCCCCUUCAGGAGCUCAACCUGAGCCGCUCGCUCUACAACUUCACCGCCCUGAUGGACCUCACCACGGCCCUUCGCUGGGGGGGCCUGAGGGGGCUCCUGCGCCUUGACCUCUCUGGGAACCACCUGGCCCUGCUGCCCCCGGGGAUGUUCUCUCACCUCCCCAACCUGCAGCAGCUCUUCCUUGCGAACAACUCCCUGGUGUCCGUCUACACUGGGACCUUCUCCGGCAUGAACCACCUGGAGGUGCUGGACCUCACACAGAACGCCUUCAUGACAUUCAGGGCCGAUUCUCUGCAGGAGCUGGAGAAGCUCGGCAACAUCCGCAUCCUUCUCGGUAACAACCCCUACACUUGCUACUGUGAAAUCCGUGAUUUUGUCACCUGGCUGAACGAAUCCAGAGCUCAGCUGGAUGUGGACGCUGUGAGAUGCUUCUCACCGAGAGCGUUGACCAACACCCGGCUGCGGGGGCUCAGUGUCCAGGCCAAUGGGUGUGUGGUCCCAGUCCAGGAGGGGACGGCUGACCUCACCCUGCAGACAUCCUAUGUUUUCCUGGGGCUGGUGCUGGGGCUCGUGGGGAUGGUGUUUCUGUUUGUGCUCUACCUGAAUCGCGAACGUAUGAGGAAGUGGAUCACCGAAAUGAGGGAAGCCUUCAGAGAAGUUCUGGAGGGAUACCACUACCGCUAUGAAAUUGACUCGGACCCCCGGCUGGGCCACCUCCCAGCAGACAACACCGGCAGCAGGACACAAGGGCAUUUAAAAUCCGCUUUGUCACAGCAGCUGCCGAGUGACACGUGUAUUGUCCAGGGUCCCACGGACAUGCAGGUUACAAAGGUGGCCACGUCCUCCCCAGGGCAUUUAUGA